AAGGGGCGGCCGUAUUGUCGCCGGAGACACCGCACUGUAGGUACCUCCGCGCUGCUCCUUCUUCUCACCUCUUGUUGCUGUUGUUACGUCUGGUGCCCGUUCGGCAAAGUCUCCAUCGCCAUGACACUCCAAGCCUUGACCGUUCUUCUCCUGACGUGUGCCAUUUUCGCCGUUGCUUACGCUGGGCCGGUCAAGACCACAGCAAACAGGGCGGCAGCAACCCAGCAAGAUCCAGGAUACACAGAUAACGCACCUGUAAAGCGAUUCGACUCAUUCACAACCGGUUUCGGACACAGCAAACGUAAUUUCGACGAGAUCGACAGGUCCGGUUUUGGAUUCGCCAAGAGAAACUUCGACGAAAUCGACCGAUCUGGCUUUGGAUUCAAUAAGAGGAAUUUCGACGAAAUCGACCGUUCAGGCUUCGGCUUCAACAAGAGGAACUUCGACGAAAUCGACCGAUCUGGAUUCGGCUUCAACAAGAGGAACUUCGACGAAAUCGACCGCACCGGAAUGGGCUUCUACAAGCGCAACUUCGACGAAAUCGACCGAUCUGGCUUCGGUUUCAACAAGCGCAACUUCGACGAAAUCGACCGCACCGGAAUGGGCUUCUACAAGCGCAACUUCGACGAGAUCGACCGAUCAGGCUUCGGCUUCAACAAGCGCAACUUCGACGAGAUCGACAGACAGGGCUUCGGCUUCGCGAAGCGCGUCCUCAGCCCCCGUGACCUUGCCAAUCUCUACAAGCGCAACUUCGACGAAAUCGACCGAUCUGGCUUCGGCUUCGUUCGACGUAGCUCCGAGUGAAAAGUUUCGCCAGACUUCAGCGGAGAGCAUUAGGAUUAUUAUUCUUUCUUAACUGUUUCCAGACGACAAAUUCUCCAUUACACAAAAAUGAACUGCUAACACUUCUGUUCCAUAAGCCUCGUGCAGUGACACUGGUUAACAAUGAACGAUGUUGUUCUGGUAAAAAUCCUCCAAAACGAAUAACGAAGUAGUGAACGCAUCAAAAUGUAUAAUCUCUAGACUUGUUUUCUUACGCUGACAUAUUAUUAUAUUACCGUGACCUUCCUUUUUAUGGUAUUACGCACUCUGAAAAAAGUUCAUUUCAAGAACAUAUCUCUUUAGAGGUAUCUCCAAAAAGGGGCAGUGACCCCUUUUUUGGAGGUCUUCUUAGUCUCAUGUUAAAACAUAGGUGGCUGGCAAUGUCAAGGAAGGAAUAAAGACUAUUUUUAAUA